GUAGGAGAAGACAAAGAGUGCAUCGUCCCCGUUCUCCAAUAUUGGAAGAAAAAGAUAUCCCACCCUUGGAGUUUCCUAAAUCCUCAGAGGACUUAAUGGUGCCUAGUGAGCAUAUAAUGAAUGUUAUUGCCAUCUAUGAGGUACUAAGGAACUUUGGCACUGUUUUACGCCUCUCUCCUUUUCGUUUUGAGGACUUCUGUGCUGCUCUGGUAAGUCAAGAGCAGUGCACACUUAUGGCAGAGAUGCAUAUAGUGCUUUUGAAAGCAGUUUUACGUGAAGAAGACACUUCAAAUACUACCUUUGGACCUGCUGACCUCAAAGAUAGCGUUAAUUCCACUUUGUAUUUCAUAGAUGGAAUGACGUGGCCAGAGGUUCUGCGGGUUUAUUGUGAGAGUGACAAGGAAUACCAUCAUGUUCUUCCUUACCAAGAGACAGAGGACUAUCCUUAUGGACCAGUAGAGAAUAAAAUCAAAGUUCUGCAGUUUUUAGUGGAUCAGUUUCUUACAACAAACAUUGCACGUGAAGAGUUAAUGUCAGAAGGUGUUAUUCAGUAUGAUGAUCAUUGUAGGGUUUGUCACAAACUUGGGGAUUUGCUUUGCUGUGAAACUUGCUCAGCCGUGUACCACUUGGAGUGCGUGAAACCACCUCUUGAGGAGGUACCAGAAGAUGAAUGGCAGUGCGAGGUCUGCGUAGCACAUAAGGUGCCUGGAGUAACUGACUGUGUUGCUGAAAUCCAAAAAAAUAAACCAUACAUUCGACAUGAACCUAUUGGAUACGACAGGCAUAGGCGAAAAUACUGGUUCCUGAACAGAAGAAUCAUUAU